AGUUUGGCUGGCUGUAGGCAAGUCAGUACGUGACCGCAACUCGAAGUGAAAAGUAGUGGAAAAGUGAAAAACCAAGCGCGAAUAUAGCAUCACGUUAGAACAGUGCUCGUAUGUAUACGGGUAUAUGUGUAAUCCGUGGACAUUUGCAACCCCCAAAACGCACACCACACCACACCACACCACUAUUUGGCUCCACUUGGUAUACACAGGAUUUACAUAAAAUACGGGUUCGCUUGGGACUCGCUGUGCAGACAAAGACGUCAAUUGCCAAGCAAUGAAUUUUAAAGCUCACAAACAAAUAUAACUCCGCAUAGACAAGUGAAAAAUACAAAGAAUUUACUUUAAAGUUUUAUUGAAAAGUUUAACGCAAAAAUGGCCGAGGCAAGAGGCCAGUACCAGAAGUUGCCGCCCGGCUGGGAUUGUAAAUAUGAUCAAGCAACAGGAAAUUGUUACUACAUCAACUAUUUUACAAAAGCAAUGCAGCUGGAGGAUCCACGUUCGCGUUAUAAGCAAUUGCAGAAUGAACGCUGCUCCAACGAAUCCAUAGCAAUGCAGCCAGUACAGCAUGGCUCACCCUAUCAUGUGUAUCCAAGCAACAAUUUGCCUGCAGUGCGUGCUUUUCAGGCGGGCCCUGGCACAAACACAAGUUUGCAUAAUAUGUCCUCCAGUCCUUUGCUGUCUUCUCGUGGGAAUUUGGAAAUGUCGCCGUUGCCAUUGCCACGCUCCUCUUUGACGCAAACUCCACGCUUGGGCAAUAUGUCACGCCGUUCAACCAUACAGGAGACUUCCUUUACAAAUCCCAUCGAAACAGAUGCGGUGGUAAAUAAAAUACAGAAUAUAUUUCCAACCGCCAGCGAGGAUCAUAUACGUCUGCUACUUAAAAAGUAUUACAAUCGUGAAGCUGUCGUCAUAAGCGCUUUGCAAGUGGAAAAGCAUCCGGUCACCAUGCCUGGCCCAUAUGUAACACCGCCUGCCCAACGCCAUCUCUAUCACAGCAAUUCCGCUUUUCAUAUGACACCACCGGCACGUCGCCUGGAUAAGGGCAUAGCGGCACGCAACGUUGGGCCCUUUGCUGGUCUCAAUGGUAGCGCUGGUGUUAGCUGUACUUCGCGCACAGCCAGUCCCAUACCGGGUGGCGGUCGUUUUGGUAGUGUCACAAGCGUGCAUGGUGGCGUUGGGGGCGGUUAUGGGGGAGGUGGUGGUGGUGGUGGUUAUAUGGCUGCAGCUGCUGCCGCAGCUAUGCCGUUCCAUCAGGGUUCGCCACGUUUCGAACAAUGGCGCAGUUCUCCGAAGCCGCACACGUCGCCAAAGAUGAAAUUAAGAUACUUGAAAACCAUUUUCCCCAAAGCAGAUGAAAUGGUUCUCUUGGAUAUACUCGCCAGCUCCGAUAAUAAUGUACAAACAGCAUCAGAGAAACUCAUUUCCAUGGGCUAUACAAAACGUGAUUUUAUACCACCAAAAACCACACAUCGCUUCGAUGCAGAGCAUGCACAUGCUGGGGCGGUCAAAAAGCCUGGCGAUGAGACGAUUAUACCACUGCGCCCGAAAGAGUACACGAUCGAGGAGAAGGCAGCAAUACAAGCCCAACUGAAAGAGAAAUACCCACAGACAGCUGAUCGCAUUAUACUUAUGGCUUUGGAGUCGGUCAACUACGCUGAGGAUCGUGCCAUACAAAUUCUUCAUAUUGUGCAGGAGGAGGAUGAGCUGUACGCCAGGAAACAUGCCGCUGCUGCAAUUGCGCUGACGUCAGCUGGCGGUGAAGCCGAAGUGCUUUUGGGUGCCAGUGGUAUGCAAGGCACGUUGGCCGAUAACAAUGCAGCUGAGGAUAACAUCAUCACCGUUGUCCUCACAACAUCGCCAAAUACCUACAGCGACAACGUUAAAAGUCGCCAUAAUGCUUCUGCCAAAGAUAUUCCACAUACAACCAUAUCAUAUUCAUCACCAUUAACAUCAUCAACAGCCACAACAACAACAACAUCAUCAUCGUCAUCGGCAUCAUCAUCAGUACUACCGCUUUCAUUAACUUCCAGCACCCUAAAAUCCUCCACAAAAAUCAAUGCAAUUCGCAACAUUGGCAAAAAGGUAGCUUUUCCUUCCAUUAAUCUAACCACGCCCACUACGGCUACUACUCAGAUAAUACUCUCAAAUUCGCCCACUUGCAAUAUUGAGCACAACGAAGAGCAACUAUCAGCAGCAACAUUCGCCACAAGCGAUGCUGUUGAUGCAUUGAAAAACUCAUAUACAAAUAUAAGUUCAUCAGCCACACAACCGACUCCCUCCAUUUCACCGUCCGAAGCACUCAAAGAGCUUUGCAUAUCACAUGAACCAACAGCAGCCUCAACAUCGUUAACUGUGCCAUCAUCGCUGAGCACAGAGCCAGCUAAAUAUCAAACAAUUACAACAAAGAGCAUCCUGGCACGUUGCAAUGCGUAUGCCACUAGAAUCCAUGGAUAUCUGCAUGGUACACCAUGUAGCACCAAAACCUCGACUAUAACUUCCGCUUCUACGCGUACUACCACGGCUUCUAUUUUGGAUAACUUGAAAGCGACACGCUUAAGCGAAAAAACCGACUCAUUAAAAGCACUACAAAAAGAUUCUGUAGACAAGCUAAGUGACUUCAAACAACGUAAAGAGUUCGAUUCUAUCCUAGGACGCAUCACUACAACUGGACAUAGCGCAGAAUUGGCCAAAGGUGCCGAUGAGAGUCUGCUGCUAGCUGACUAUGUUACCUGGAAUGGUGCGAAUCCAGACAUGCCACAAGGCAACAAUCAAAAGCAAUUGGCAAAUGGUCCAGAUGCUAGCAAGUUGUGUGAACGCACAUAUAAACCUAUGGGACGUAAUCCAGAGCUAUGCAAGGGCGCACAAAAGGGACUAGCUAAAGGCAGUAUUUAUGCACAACUCGCUGCGUCUGGUAAUACGAAUACAGCAAAUAUUAAAUGCAACUGAAGGGAUAUAAAUUAAUGAUAAAGAUACUAUAUCUAUGAUUCUAAUACCAUAUAAAACUAUAAUAUUUACUUUACUAUUUAUGUGUGCCAAAUGUAGUGUAAACUCCAUGUGAAUACUUUCAGACGUACUAUCGCAAACAAUUUUAACUUGCAUUUGUGUUAACUCGUCUAUUUACGAAGUAUUCAAUCUCACUUUUAUUAAAUUAAAUUAAUUUCCACCAAGCCUUAACUGCAGCUUUUACCUAUUGGAAAAAAGAGAUUACAACACGAAGAGGAUAAUUGGUCAUAUUAAGUACAAGAAAACGAAAGUAAAAAAGCAAAAAUUAAGAAAUAAAAUUUGAGGGUUAUCCUAUGUUAAAAUUCUGGGAACUAACCUGAGAUCUUAACUGCAUUAAGCGUUCGGUGGAAAUGAGGCAUAAGCAUCUAAAACAACCACAAAAUGUGCGGAAUAUAUGUACGUAAUUUGAAACUAAAAAUGCAUUAAAUUAAGAACAAAAGUAGAUGGAAAAUAUUUAAAUAUAUGUUGUAAUUGUAAAAUUGUAUGUAGACCUUUAGUACUCAAGUAUGUAGAGAGGAAAAGAUUUCAGAAGAGCGUAUAUUUUUUCGAAUAAAUCUGUAUUUUUAAUAAGGAGCUGGAA